AUGGCACCUAAGAAAAGAACGCGUGUCGAGGCACACAAAAUUGAAGAAGCAGUUAAUGAAGUAUUACAAAAAGGCAUAUCUGUGAGAUCGGCUGCGAAAGCAUUUAACGUAAGCAAAUCGCAUUUGCACAGAUUGAUCGUAAAGGCUAAAAGUUCUAAAUGUACAUCAUUUGUUUAUGAACCUAACAUUGGUAAUAAAAAAAUUUUUACGGUUGACCAGGAAUGUUCUCUGGCAGAAUACUUAAAGACGUCAGCAAAAAUGUGUCAUGGCUUGACUACUAAACAAGUCAGAGAACUAGCAUAUCAGUAUGCUGUUCGUUUAAAUCUUUCUAUACCCUCUUCUUGGGAAAAAAAUAAUACAGCUAGUCAAGAUUGGCUUAAGGGUUUUUUAAAAAGGCAUGAUUCGCUGAGCGUAAGAAAACCUGAGAAUACUUCUCUAGCUAGAACUACGAGCUUUAAUAGACACAACGUUCAAAACUUUUUUAAUUAUUUAGAGAAAUGUUACUUAAAGCAUAAUUUCCCUCCAAAUAUGAUAUAUAAUUUGGAUGAGACUGGGUGCACAACGGUCACUAAUGCACCAAAGAUAGUUGCCCAAGCAGGUGUUAAGAGAGUUGGUCAAAUCAGCUCAACUGAACGUGGAGCGCUUGUUACUAUGCUCGGUUUCGCAAAUGCUGCUGGUGGAAGUAUUCCUCCUGUUUUUAUAUUCCCACGUGUUCAUUUUAAGGAACACAUGCUAGAAAAUGGUCCUACAGGUGCUUUAGGCCUCGCUAAUGUUUCUGGUUGGAUAACUGAAGAUUGUUUUUUAAAAGCUUUGAAACAUUUUGUGCACUUUGUUAAGCCUAGUGCUGAUUCGCCGGCUUUAAUUGUCCUCGACAACCAUAAGACGCAUAUAACCAUUAAUGUAGUGCUGUAUGCCCGAACAAAUAACAUAAUAAUACUAACCUUUCCACCUCACUGUAGUCACCGACUGCAACCUCUCGAUGUGACAGUAUUCGGGCCCUUCAAAGCUCGAUAUAGAGCCAGCAUGAAUGACUGGAUGACCUCAAACCCUGGCAAAACUGUCACAAUUUAUAAUGUGGCUCAAUUUGCUAAAGAUGCUUUCUUUGCUGCUUUUAAUAUGAAUAAUAUAUCCUCUGGUUUUAAGAACACCGGGAUAUGGCCAAUUAAUAAAAACAUUUUCUCAGAUGAAGAUUUUUUGCCUGCUUUCGUGACUGACAGACCACAGAAUCUCAAGACUCCCACUGAUUUAUCUGAAGACUCUGACAAAUCUUCCUCAAAUGAAGAAGAAUUGCCUCAAAGAUCUUUUAAUGUCAUUAACCCUGAACUUGAUUCAAAUAAACGAAUCGUUUCACCGUCCAUUUUAAGUCAACCACAAGCUGGGCCCUCUACUUUUAAUGAUUCGCAACCUGAAACAUCGAUCAUAAACGAGAUACGACCAGGAUCUUUUACUUUGAAUGAUCCACAACCUGGAACAUCAACCAUAAAAGAUACACGACCUGGAUCUUCUAACUCUGCUUACCUUCUAAUAACUCCAGAAGUCGUUCGACCAUACCCUAAAGCUUUACCACGAAAAUCUACUGGGAAGCAACGUAAAGCUAAAACUACGAUUAUAACGGAAACCCCUGAAAAAGAAAGACUGCUUUUAGAAAAUAUGAUGGAUAUCUUAAAAAAGAAAACACCCAAAUCUGAGAAACAAAACCUAAAACAUGUGAAACAAAUUUUUAAAAAUAAUUUAGCAGAUCAAGAAUCUAUCAAAACGAAACGUAACGAGAAAGCUAAAAAGAAAAAAAUGAAUAUUACGAAAAAUGUUACAGUUAGUCAAAAGAAGAAAAAGGCUGCACGAAAAAUUGCAAGCAGUAGCAGCAGCAAUAGCAGCGAUGCUUCGUCAAAUAUAGAUACGGGUUCUGACUCAAUAAAUGAUAUAUUAGAAAAUGAAAAAGACGCUCCAAGGUUAAGAAAACGUACAAUUACAAAAAAUAAAACAGGAGACGAUGACCAAUGUAAUGUUUGUAAGAAAACAUAUUUAGAAAGCACUGAAGAUUGGUAUCAAUGUAAAAUUUGCACAAAAUGGGCACACGAAACCUGUGGCAUUAAAGGUACUUUUAAUUAUUUUUGCUCACUAUGCCACUAA